AUGCCAGCUAGACACCAAGCCCCUCACCCUUAUGCUCAAGCGUUACCAGAAUUUGAUAACCAGACCACAACGAGAUUAGAUCGUAGAGAUUCAAAGGCGAGUAAUUGGACGUUUGACGGUACGACUGGCAGAAUUAUAAGAUCACCUAGGGAUCAAGGGACGAUGAGAGACUUCCUGCCUGAUGUGGAGGACACGGAAGAGAUCAGAGAUGAGCAAUCUAGGGGGGUAGUAGUAGGGCAAGAAGCGAAACAUGAGGGUGAAGAUGCCCUUCAAAAGAGUUUCUGGGAUCCCAAUUUAUCCAACCCAUCUCCUCAAGUAGCAGACGAGACCCUCCAUUACACCCACUCGACCGAGACUCCCGAAGUCCAAGAAGACAAAGAUCAAGCACAAGAUGAAGAUUCACCUCAUGCGGAAGUGCGAACAUCCGUACAUCCCACCGACGAUCCCUACUCGCCCGUCUCAACUAUCCGAGCGUGGUUCCUAGGAAUAAUCAUGUCAAUCGUCUUACCGGGUAUCAACCAAUUUUUCAUAUAUCGAUAUCCCAAUGUCCUCGUACCGGGGAUAGUCGCUCAGCUGGUGGUUCAUCCUUUGGGUCUUCUAUUGGCUAAACUGCCCAGAAGGGGAAGGUGGAAAUGGGUUAAUCCUUGUGAUUGGAACUACAAGGAGCAUACUUUGGUCUACAUAAUGGCCAACGUUUCCGCUGGAUCGGCCUAUGCAACCGAUAUUAUAGCUACUCAGAAAUUCUUCUACAAUCAAAAUUGGGGAUGGGGUUAUAAUUUACUAUUAGUGCUCAGUACUCAGAUGAUAGGCUUCUCCUUUGCUGGGGUACUACACACGAUAUUGGUCACUCCAGCAUCAAUGAUUUGGCCUGCUACCUUGGUAAAUACAGCCCUGUUCAAUACUCUGCAUUCCCGAUCCGGACCUCAAACGUUAAGAGCCAAAUCGAACUCAAGACAGGUAUUCUUCUACAUCACCGCUGCGCUAAUGUUCGCUUGGUCCUUCUUCCCGAGCUAUCUUUUCACUGCUUUGAGUAUGUUCGAUUGGGUUACAUGGAUCAAGCCUACAUCGCAAGUAAUCAACCUUUUAUUCGGAUAUCAAUCGGGGGCAGGGAUAUCGCUCCUUACCCUGGAUUGGGGAAUGAUGGCCGCUGUUGGUAAUCCCCUAGCAACUCCUUGGUGGGUUACUGGAAAUGUCUUGGGAGGCUUCUUAUUUUUCAUAUGGUGCCUGGGGCCAAUCUUGUACUACUCGAACGUAUUUUACGCCAAAUAUCUACCAUUCUCCAGUGCAUGUGUAUUCGACAACACGGCAAGCACGUAUAACGUAACGAGAGUGGUUGAUGAUGAUGCCACUUUGGAUGUUUUGGCUUACGAAGGGUAUUCACCUGUUUAUAUGAGUCUCUCUUCAGCCCUAUCUUACGGUCUAAAUUUCGCAGCGAUAACAGCCACUGUGGUACAUUCUGUGCUGUUCUUCAGACAUCAAGUGUGGCACCACCUCCGGAAUCCACUCUCGAAAUCCGAUAUACACGCUCGCCUAUCUUCCGUAUACCCCACGGUUCCAGGAUGGUGGUAUCUCUGCCUAUUCAUGAUCAACCUCAUCCUAGCAAUUAUGACGAUCAAAGUGUGGCCCACUGGUUUACCUGUUUGGGGAUUGUUUGUGGCGAUCGUCCUGGCUGGAGUGAUGGUCUUGCCCAUUGGGCUGAUACAGGCUAUCACAAAUAUGCAAGUUGGAUUAAAUGUGAUCAGUGAGAUCAUAAUUGGUGCGAUGAUUCCUGGCAAACCAAUUGCCAUGAUGAUAUUCAAGACUUACGGCUACAUAACGACAACUCAAGCACUAGGGUUCAUCCAAGAUCUCAAAAUCGCGCAUUACAUGCAUAUCCCUCCACGGCACAUUUUUUUGGCCCAGGUGAUAGCAUGUAUCGUAGGAUCCAUCACCCAGCUUCUUGUUCAAGUAUGGGUUUUCGAAAACGUACCUGAUGUAUGCUCAGCUAAAUCAGAAAGAUGGUGGUGUCCCCAUACACGCACCUUCUUCUCUGCUUCGGUGUUGUACGGCCUGAUUGGACCCAGGAGGUUAUUCGGCUCUGAAAGUUUGUACAAGCACUUAAACUGGUUUUACAUCCUUGGAGCUAUCAUGCCUGUAGUUACGUGGUGGAUGGCUAGACGAUGGCCCCGAGUUGGGUUUCAAUAUGUUUGUUGGCCAGUGGUGUUCAGUUGCGUUUCGCUGUUACCGCCUUAUUUGCCUAUCAACUUCAUCAGCUUCUGUAUAGUCGGGUUCAUCACUCAAUGUUACGUUCGAAGGAAUUAUUUCAAUUGGUGGUCGAGGUAUAAUUACACUUUAUCAGCAGCUUUGACUUGCGGUUACGCUAUAUGUAUAAUCGUAAUUUUCUUUACUCUUCAAUUACCUAAAGAUGGUAAAAUCGGACAGAACAUCCAAAAUUGGUGGGGGAAUACGGUAUAUCUCAAUACGCUAGAUGGGAAAGGUGGUGUGGCUUCUGCUGCUAUCCAUUUGAAAGAAGGAGAGUUAUUCGGUUCGAAUUAA